GCGACCUGUAGCCCGACCUGAUGAGCAAUAUGGUUCAGUCGGUUGCUAUAUUCGUUUUCUUGGCAUCUGGAUUCAUCGCCGCAAACUGCUACAGAGGACGAUACCGCGAUGAUUAUUACGGAUCGAACGACCUUUGGUGGUCACCUCCAGAGCCAUACCGGCCUUACUGGCUGCCAGAGGUUGGUUGCCCGCCGGAAAUUUACUACUUCAACCGGCUUGAAUGUUACAACAAUGGAAGGUACUUCAAAUCCCCCAACAAUCAGCACCGCCCCGACAAGGGCACCUACAGACGGGAGAGGAUGCAGUCGCGCCGAAUGCAAGCCAAAGUUGAGCUCGAAAAGUUCCGCACCCACACCGGCUACAAACCAGGAGUGACCGGAAAUAAUGCCAUUCUUCUAUAAUUUAUUUUAUGU